UUUUUCCUUCUUGUGGGUCAUUUUGCAUUUGAAUGUUUUCGAAUCAAUUACACUACAUCUAAAUAUCGUUCAUAUGCUUAAUCUUUUAAUUAUAUCAUCUAGUAUAUGUGGUAUAAAUAUGAGACCUAACCGACGAUCUAUAAGAUAGAAAUGGAAAAAAAUACUAUUUUUCCUUACUUUUGACCCACCCGGUAUAUUCAGCGAACUAGUUUUGCGAGUAACUGUCCGACGAACAACUGUCCUGCGAGCAACUCUCCGUUUCCCCUUUUUCACUAGUCACCAGGCGCAUUCGAAUUGAUACUUCAAACCAUUACAUACCGAAGCACUCAUUGGUUCUGAAAAAUAUACUUUUCCUAUCUUUAUCGUCUAUGAGCAACAAAAAAUGCACGAAAAGACUUUUUUCUUACGUGUCUUAUAAUAGCCGGUUGGAAAGGAUUAAUCGACUCCUUCUCUAAAAAGUCUUAUUGCUUCUUGGCAUCAUGCACGAAUGGUAAUACUUGUGCAAAUACUACUCAAUAUAUUUCACUGAAUACACAGUAGCCAAAUCUUUAUAUUUAUAUAUGCAACAGCAUUUAUUCAUACCUGAACGAACGCAGAAAAAUAUUUCAUAGCUUUAGGCUAAUUACUUUCAUGAAUAAUCCGACACAUUUUCUAUCGACUCACAACAUAUUUUUGAAGUUUCUUAUCAACAUGAUGCAUUUUCGGAUUGACCGACAUGUUCGUGCAUGGACAUUUCCGCGCAUCGUAUUGCUUCAUUGACACUUACAACACGAAUUUUUUUUCACUCAUUCACCUUAAUUCAUUUUAUCUGUAGUGAAUAAUUGUUCUAUUUUUGUUAUUAGACUAAUGAUAAGAAUAAAAUUUUAAUUCAGAUCAUAGGAUUAAUUAAUUAAGAACAAAGAAAUAUGAUUAAAAUCAGACUUAAAAUAAAGUGGAUUAAAUAAAAGAACAUGAAGAAAUUGAAAUCUCGAUAUCAUUUGAUAACUUUUUAAGUCAAAGCUAUGACUAUCAUUCUUUCAAGUAAGAAUAAAGAUCAACUUCUCUUCGAGGGCUUUCGUUAUCGUCGUGACAGAUCGGGUGUAUCAAAGACAAGUGCAAAGGUCGUGCUCGAUUUGAUGGAAAUAUUUAUGAAGCAUAUAAAAAUCAUACAUGUCAAGCACCAAAUCCAGAAGAAAUUGAAAAAGCUGUAUAUAAUUAUGAAAUUCGAAAAAAGCUGAAAAUUCUCAUGAUCCACCACGUUUAAUAAUUCAAGAAGCAAGAUUAAAAUUAUCUUCAGACGCGGCUGCUGUUAUUCCACAAUAUUUAGCAUCACAACGUUCAGUUCAGCGUAUCCGAAAGGAUAAUGAUAUUCCAAAAGAACCUACUUCGUUUAGUGAAAUUGUUAUUCCACUUAAAUUUCAAUUAAGAACUUCAAAUCAACAAUUUUUACUAUAUGGUAACGAUGAUAAUCAAAAUCGAUUAUUAAUAUUUGCAAGUCGAGACCAACUGGAUCUUCUUAAUGGGCGUGAAGUAUGGCAUUGCGAUGGUACCUUCGCGGUUGCACCAAAAUUAUUUGAGCAAACGUAUUCUAUUCAUGGCUUAAUUCGUGGAAAAACAUUACCGUUAAUAUAUUCUCUUUUACCAAAUAAAAAAGAAGAAACAUAUGAAACAUUAUUUCGAGUAGUACAACAGCAUGUUCAACGCGUACCACGUUAUAUAACAAUAGAUUUCGAAAAAGGAGCAGAAAAUGCAUCUGCUGUUGUGUAUCCUCAAAGUCAAAUAUUUGGUUGUUUUUUUCAUUUUAAGCAAAAUAUUUGGAGGAAUAUUUCAGAGCUUGGUCUGAAAAAAGAAUUUCUUGAAAAUAACAUUAGUCGUCGUACUAUGAAAAAUUUAGCAGCAUUAGCAUUGGUUCCUGAACAAGAUGCGAGACCAUGA